GUGAAGUUGAACAUUCGAAAAGUUCUAUUCAAAUUGAAUAUUGGUUAAAAAUAACUGAAAAUGAAGUUUUUCUUGUGCGUUUUGUUGAUUGCGUUGGCUUCUGCCCAUGGGCCGAAAGACCAUUUCGAUUAUACCAAGUGCUGCAAAAUUGAAAAAUCAGCAGAUACUACUCAAUACAUCGAAAGUAUGAUGAAGUUAGCAGAUGAGUGCAGACAAGAGCUUGGCGAACCAGAACAAGGAAAGCCACCCAGAAUUGCAUGUUUCCACGAAUGCCUCGGAAAUAAAACCAAUAUCAUCAACGCUGAUAAAAGUUUGAACGAAGAUAAAUAUCGCAUUGUCGUAACCACUCAAAUGGCCACGGAAGAUUACCAAAAAGCCGUAGCUGAUGCAAUCGCUACAAAAUGUAUUGAAAAAGUAAAAUCAGCAGAUGGUUCUGAGGAGAGCCCGGAUGAGUGUAGCAAAACAGCUUUGAAAGCCAAUCACUGCGCUUCAAAAGAGUUGAUCAAUGCAUGUCCAGCUGAUAAGCAAGAUAACGACGAACAUUGUGUUCACUUCCGUGAGUUUAUCAAUGGCGAUUUGAAGGGAAAGGGACCACGACCAUCCCCUCCGCCUAGCAAAGAGUAAAUCAGCCAUCAUUACACCAAUUCACCGGUAAACAAAAGCCAACCAAUACACUGUCGACCGUAAUAACAUGCAACAAUAUACGUAAAUCCAAUCGUAUCCUCUCGUUAUAAUCAUCCGGAAAUGUAGCACUUUUUUCGAAAACAGAAUCUAUUCUGCAGAUAAAACCCUGGUUGUUCUAAAUUGAAAUA